GCGAAGCGGCGUUGCUAGCUCAAGGAAGUGAGGAACCGAACGGACAACAGAAAAUGCAGACGUCUUUUUAAAAUGCAUACCUGUUACCUUUCGGUUUGGAGAUUUUGGGAUCGGUCUCCUUCAUGACUGAAAACGAUCAAUAUGGUUGGUUGAUGAACUUCGACGCAAUUGACUAGCUAACGUUCAAGUAGCUAACGUUGGCUAGUUGGAAACAUUGGAUUUAAGGGUUGGGCUGUUGUGGCUGACGAUAUGGGUAGCUAGCUAGCUUGUUAGCUUGCUAGCUAGUUUUAUGCAGUCAGCGCUGUUAUCUUCGCAGAAAAAGUUUUGAUAUCUUUCAAACUAAAGAAAGAUGUCUAGCCUUCAAAAAUCGAACGCCAAAUAUCUGUGGUGGACCCUCCUGGGUCUUGGAUUUCAGCCCGAAGUCGCCUCUGCCUCCAAAGGCAUAAGCAAAGCCAAUGUUCGCCACGUAUCUCUGGGAAUGAAUAUGUUUGACACGCCUAACAAGGAUGCCUUCUACAUGGUCACCCACUUCUUAUUAGAAAAACUAGAUUCUGCACGUGUCCACGAGGUGUUCAGGUAUUGCUGGCCAGUUCUGGAUCGUAAGGCCGAUGCUGAAUUUCGUAAAGCGACUGUCACUUGGUUCCGAGACAUUGCGGCAGAACCUGGCAGUUCCUUUCCGAAAGUGGUGCCGUCCUUGUUUCUUUCACCUGGAGGCCCCAAGUUCAUCAAUGUGAUGCUUCACUUAGCCAAGCAUGUCAUGCUGCAGGAGAUGAAGACCUUUUCCACAGACAACACCUGGAUUCCGGAAACUGCAGCCACCAAAGCUCACUCGGUGGAGACUGCCGUGUUGAGGUUUCAGGUGGUGAAGACCAGGUUUCAGAGAGCCGCGGUAGAGCAGGACAGGGUUGUGCAGGAGUACCAGCGCAGAGCCCAGGCUCUGGUAAAAUCAAUGAGGGCUUUGAGAGCUGAGGAUGCCAAAUAUGAAGGUUUACUGAAAGGACAUACGGAAAUUGAAAAGGAGAGAUCUCUUCCGUCUGAAAAACUUCAAAAGGUUCGAUCCCUGUGGGCGGAUGUUAACAAAAUCCUGUCCUCUCUGGAAGAGGAGAGGAAGGUUGUGGACUGUGUUGUGAAAGGACAUGUUGACCAGUAUAUCUUGGAUGGGACAAAUGUCACCCUGAAGAUCCCCAAAACUCUGCUGGAGCGGGUUGAAAGCUCUGCUUACUCGUCAAGCGCGGGGAAUGUGUACGAGGCGGGCCAGCUCAACCUGUUGCGCCUCCUGGAGUUGCUGAAUGAGGCGCUACGGCACCUGGAGCAGGAGCAUGCCCAGGCAGGAAAGGGCACCCUGCAGCUGGACCUGCCCCAGAUGGAGGAGAAAGCACUGCAGCUGAAACGCACCCUGGAGGCCCUCAAACUCAUGAGGAAGAGGAUUACCAAGGAGGAGAUCCCUGAAGUGAAGGCGUCUAUUAAGAAGAUGGAGACUGCGUGGGACAGCAGAUGGGCAGACUGUCUGAGGCAGAGGCCCUUGACUUCAUUCCUUAACGAGGACCCUGCACUUGACUUCCUCUCCCCAAUGGCACCUCUGUCCUUUGAACCCGCUGCUGAGGUCAACUUCAAGUCCAGCAUCUUCUCACAGUAUGCAGCCAAGCUGCCUGCCUCUCCACCAUCCCCACCCCACCACAUAGUGGAAUCGGCCAAGGAGGAGCCUCCAGACAAACACCCUGAUUCUUCAGGGGAUUCUGGGAGAAAAACUGCAGACCUACAAAGUCCUGUCCAGCAACCUAGUGAAAUACAAGUUCCCACUUCUGCUGUUUCUUCAAGACCCUCACCACCUCCCAAAACUCCUUCUCCAAGCCCUGUGCAGGCCAGUGGAAAGGAGACUCCCAUGGUGGAAGACAUACAACCGGAGAUUGCUGAUGUGAACAAAAAAGCCAGUAUCCUGGAUAGGGAAUUUGACAACCUGGCAAACCAGUUUGCAGAAGCUGUCACAAACAACUCCACUGACUACAGCAGGAGAGGUUGGGAGCUGGAGGACCUGCUUGGUACCCUAUCGGACCCCUUCUCCACCAGAAAGCAGCUUCCACGCACCCCAGAUAGCCUCAUUUCAGAAGUGAAAAAUUCCUGGAGGCAAGCAGUCAGGGAGGGAGAGGCCGAAAAGGCCCGGCUCUCUGAAAAGGCAGGAGACCGCACUGCAAAAGCUCAUACCCCGCUGCUGGAGGGUAUGGAGGCUCUUCCCAGCACGGACGAGUCCCCCCUGAGCAGCGGGCUGGUGCAGCUGGGGGAUUCUGACAAGGGCCUCGCGGGCACUCCCUGCGUCACGCAGCACAGGGAGUCCCUGCACUCUACCCUGUCCUGGCACUCCUCCCAGCUGGAGGCCACUCAGGGCCAGAGCAGCGGCGACGUCAUCCAGUUCGGGAUCGACUUCGAGACCCUGCCGGAGCUGGGCGACGACAGCCCGCUAGGCUCGAGCUACGAGGCCCUGGAGGCCACCGGGGCCACGGAGGAAGACGACGAGCUCGUCCUCCCGCACAUCCUGUCCAACACCACAGAGCGAGAGAGCGGGUCGAGUUCCACGCGCAGCAGGUUCGAAGAGAUCCGGAAAGCCUACGACGAGGCCUCCUUCAUUGACUGCAGGGUAAAGACGCCUGAGCCGCUGCCGCCUCGGAAUGCUGCGGAAACCCCCGAGGCUGUGGGCUGGGAGACCGGCGACAAGGUGUUCUCCCUUGACCUGGCCGGGCUGGAGAGUCCCUCCCUCCCCAGCACUGAGCUUCUGAGCCUCCCCAAGCUGAUCACCUUCUCUCCCGUGGAUGACUUCAUUCCUUAACACAAGUUUAUACAGAGGUUACUCCAAGAUGGCUAAAAAGACAGACCACUCUUAAAUGGGCAAAAUACACAUGCGUGAAGCCUUUAGUCUUCUUGCAUGUAGUGUUUUUGUUGAAUAAAGCAAUUACUUCCUCUGCUGAAAAGGAUAUUAGGUCUUUUUAACAUACCUCUUUCUGACUGAAGCUUGUCUUAGAUCUGGAGAUAUGCUGUAAAUUCUGCACUGUACUCUUAAUCCUAUUUAACAUAGCCGAUUUUCCUAAAGAAAACAUUUUAACCCAUUAAUUUCUAGCCUUG